AAUUUCGGAAGGAUUUGUGAUUCCUGGUUUAUGUUAACUUUUUUUCUAUAACCAUGUUUAAUCUACCAAUGUGAAAGAAGGAAGAUACAAGGAAAAAAACUGCCCACUUUGUGUUAAUGUUUACCUGCCAUGGCUACCUUGGUCUGCAGGGUCCAGUUCCUCGACGACACCGAUCCAUUCAACAGCACCAACUUCCCAGAGCCCACCCGGCCUCCUCUCUACACUUUCCGAGAGGACAUCUCGCUCAUCAAUCAGAUCCCGGGACUGCACCGACUGCUUCAAGCUCCCCACAAGCUUGAUGACUGUGCACUGCAGCUGUCCCACAAUGGUACCUAUCUUGAUUUGGAAUCUAACUUGGCUGAACAGAAAGAUGAAUUGGAAGGCUUCUUGGAAGAUCCUGGGAGAGGAAAGAAGCACAGCAUGAUCCUGCGUACGCAGCUCUCUGUCAGAGUCCAUGCUUGUAUUGAGAAACUCUACAAUUCUUGUGGCCGGGAGCUGAGAAGAGCCCUGUUUUCACUCAAGCAGAUCUUCCAGGAUGACAAGGAUUUGGUUCAUGAGUUUGUCGUUGCUGAGGGUUUGACAUGUUUGAUAAAAGUAGGAGCAGAAGCAGACCAGAACUACCAGAAUUACAUCCUGAGAGCUCUUGGCCAGAUUAUGCUGUAUGUGGAUGGAAUGAAUGGGGUGAUUGACCACAGUGAAACUAUCCAAUGGCUCUACACACUCAUAGGGUCAAAGUUCCGCCUGGUGGUGAAGACAGCCCUGAAGCUGCUGCUAGUGUUUGUGGAGUACACUGAAUCAAAUGCACCGCUUCUUAUCCAGGCUGUCACUAAAGUGGACCACAAGAGGGGUGAGCGAGCAUGGGCAAACAUUAUGGAAAUACUGGAUGAAAAAGAUGGGAUUGACACCGAGCUUCUCGUUUAUGCAAUGACUUUAAUAAAUAAGACGUUGGCAGGUUUGCCCGAUCAAGAUUCCUUCUAUGAUGUAGUGGACUGUCUAGAAGAACAGGGGAUGGAAGCCAUUUCCCAGAGGCACUUGAACAAAAAAGGAACUGAUUUGGAUCUGCUCGAACAAUUCAAUAUUUAUGAGAUGAGCCUGAAGCAUGAAGAUGGUGAUGAUGAUAAUGUUACUUUGAGUGGACGCAAGGACCGGCGGAGAUCAAGUCUUGGUGUGAAUGAGCGGCGUGGUUUAGAACGAAGGAGGAGUCGAAGGCAUUCAGUGCAGAAUAUCAAGAGCUCCUUGUCUGCCCCUGCCAGUCCAUGCAGUGCCCUGCCUGGCCAUUUAAGCCCACAUUACCCCACGUCCAAUGGCCAGAUGCAUGAAGAUCUCAGCGAAAACAAAGACAAGCCUCAGCUGAGCUACGUGAUCCGCCAUGCCGAUGAACCAACCCAGUCUGAUGAUGUAUUUGAGGCAAAUCUCUCAGAAUGCAAUGCAGACGAGGAAUACGACGAGGAAGAACCUGAAGAAGAGCAGCCAGUUACUGAAUCUAAUACUGAGGAUGAGGGGGAAGAUGAUCCCUCUUGUCAGGGUCAGGAAAGUGAGUUGAAGCCAGAUACAGAAAUUGAACAUGCAGAAAGUAGUUUCCAAAGUUCAAAAUAUGUAGCGAGCUUUAUCCCUGUGCCCGAAGGGGAAGGAUCUUCCAGCCAGUUCCAGACUCCUGAACUAAACAACCUGCCAUCUAGCUGCUCUCCUCAGUCACGUAUCUCUCUCAACGAUUACCAACCUUAUUUGCAACCGUCAUCAUUUUCUUCUUCUUCUUCAUCACCAUCAUCAUCUAUUGUCAUCCAUCAAUCAUCAGCUGUUUCACAAAACAGUUCUCAAGAUUCAUCAGCAAAUGUUACUCCAGCUUUAUCUCCAAGUGUUGAGAAGUUGCCGUAUCUCAUCCAUACACCUUUCCACCUGUUUUCAUACGAUCUGGGUGAAACUCCUAAAAGAGUUAAAGAUAAAGAAGCAGAAAUGAGGGAAAGCAGCUUCUCUGUUUCUGUUUACAGUCAGCUGGAAUCUUCCUACAUGAACAAAUACACUGAUACCUUUGAACCUUAUACCUCCAGGUCUUCUAAUAGAUACAGCAGCUAUGGCAGCAGUGCCUUCACGGGAUCUCGAUCUUACUCUGGGCUUGCUUCCCCCACCGCCUCUGCCUCUCGCUACAGGACCUCUCUCUCUCCUGCUCCUGAGGCAAAAUCUGACAGGCCAGUGCUGGGAGGUCUUCUCUCCUCUUCCUACAGACAGCAUCAAGAGUCACUGGCAGCAGAGCGAGAGAAACGACGUCAGGAGAGGGAAGAGAGACUACAACGGAUAGAGCGUGAAGAAAGGAACAGAUUCAAUCGAGGAUAUAUAGAAAAACGCGAAGAACAAAGACUGGCAAGAGAAGAAAGAUAUAAAUACCUGGAAAAACUAGCGGCGGAGGAAUAUGAGAAGGAAGCCAGGAAUCGAGUGCCACGGGCACGGAGCGACCUAUCCCUCAGCCUGAGUUCACCUGCAGCUCCAUCCUCCCCGGUCACGACUUGUAGGACUCCCUCACCUGCAAAGCCUCAAGAGGAGCCUGAGCCUCCAUCUGCACUGUGCGAAUCACUGCAGCCUACAGAACUCUCUGCCAGUGAGCAAGAGCCGGAGCCUGAUCCUGAGCCUGAACCAGAGCCUGAAUCAGAAAUCGAACGAGAAACCGAGGUGGUCACUGAGUCGGGACCUUCAGAGCUGGAGACUCAGCAGGGAGCUGACCGUGAGCCUGAAGAAAAUGCAAUCCUGAGCGAGAAGGAGAGGCAGAAUGAAGAAGUGAAUGAGAAAGAUAACUGCUCAGCGUCCAGCAUCUCAUCAGCCAGCAGCACUUUAGAAAGAGAAGAAAGGGAAGACAAACUAACCAGCGACAAUGAAACUGGUAAAUGGACGCAAAGCAUUAAGGAAGUCAGUGUAAAUGAGCAGUGCAGCAACAUUCUCAAUAACAAACGGUUCAUGCUGGACAUGUUGUAUGCGCAGAACAAAAAGACAGACAAUGGCGAGGAAACAGAGCUCGAGAGAAAAGAGGAGGAGAAACAAGAGUCCCUGGCCACUCUGGCCAGCCGCAUCAGCAUUCUCCAAGCCAGCAAGCAGGCUUGUGAGGACAAAGUGAAAAAAAUGGAGAUUGACCAUCUGGAGAACCAUGGCAGUGUGAAAGCUUUUACUGACAAAUUUAACAGCGGGGAGCUGGGUAAAGGGCACCCACUGUCUGAUUCUGAAGUGAAUGCGAAGCCUGUGGAUAAAGUCUCUGCACAGCCAAAAAAAGAAUCCGAUUACAUUUGGGAUCAACUCAUGGCCAAUCCGAGGGAGCUAAAGAUCAAAGAUAUAGACUUCACAGACUUGGAGGAGGAUGACGAUGUGGAUGUGUUGGACAUGGAGAACUUACUUAAUUCUAGAGACUCAAUACUUCCGCCUCCGCCCCCUCCCCCGCUUUCUUUUCUGGGCUUGCCUCCCCCUCCUCCACCACCUUUACUGUACUGCCCACCUCCUCCUCCAACACCGGGAAUGACCAGACCUCCACCUCCACCUUUUGGCCCUCACCAAGCCAUGGGGUCACCCCAUCUGUCCAGGAGUGAGCCAACAUUUAUCAAGAAGAAGAAAACUAUCAGGCUAUUCUGGAAUGAAGUCCGACCGAUUGAUUGGCAAUACAAAAACCACAAGCGAUGCAGAGAACCCCUCUGGACCCGCCUGGAGCCGGUAAAGUUGGAUGUAUCCAAACUGGAGCAUCUAUUUGAAUCGAAAUCCAAGGAAUUGCCAGUCACUAAGAAGACAGCUGCAGAUGGGAAGAGACAGGAAGUCAUUGUGUUAGACUCAAAACGGAGCAACGCCAUUAACAUCGGACUGACCGUAUUACCACCACCAAGAACAAUCAAAACUGCAAUUCUGAACUUUGAUGAAUAUGCCUUGAACAAAGAAGGUAUAGAGAAAAUCCUGACCAUGAUUCCCAGUGAAGAGGAAAAGCAGAAGAUCCAGGAGGCCCAGUUGCUGAAUCCCGACAUUCCUUUGGGUUCUGCAGAGCAGUUUCUUCUAACUUUGUCUUCUAUUAGUGAACUCUCAGCCAGACUCCAACUCUGGGCCUUCAAGCUAGACUAUGAGACAGUAGAGAAGGAAGUUGCAGAGCCUCUACAGGACCUGAAAGAAGGCAUGGACCAGUUAGAGAACAAUAAAACUUUAAGAUACAUCCUAGCAACAUUGCUGGCAAUAGGGAACUUCCUAAAUGCAUCAAAUGCGAAAGGUUUUGAGCUGGGGUACUUGGAGAAAGUACCAGAAGUAAAAGACACAGUGCAUAAGCAAUCCCUGCUGCAUCACAUCGCAACUAUUGUGGUGGAAAAAUUUCCAGAUAGUUCGGACCUGUAUUCUGAGAUUGGGGCCAUCACGAGGUCAGCCAAGGUUGACUUUGACCAGCUUCAAGAAAACCUUUGCCAGUUGGAGCGGAGGUGCAAAGCCUCAUGGGAUCAUCUAAAGGCUAUUGCAAAGCACGAAAUCAAAUCCAGCCUGAAGCAGAAAAUGUCUGAGUUUCUGAAGGAUUGUGCUGAAAGGAUCAUCAUUUUAAAGAUCGUUCACAGAAGAGUAAUGAACAGAUUCCAUGCUUUUUUACUCUUCAUGGGACAUCCUCCACAUGCAGUGAAAGACGUGAACAUUCACAAAUUCUGUAAGAUCAUCAGUGAGUUUGCUCUCGAGUACCGCACCACAAGAGAACGAGUGUUACAGCAGAAGCAGAAACGGGCCAAUCACCGAGAAAGAAACAAGACCAGAGGCAAAAUGAUUACAGAUACUGAUGACGAAGAUGAUGGUGAGACAGGAAAGUUCUCCAGCAACACAGAAACUGUCUCGGGUGAGAGCCAGCCGCACGGAUUGCAGUCUGCAGAAGAGGCAGCAGAACAUGAAAACAUGAAAGCAGUUCUGAAAACCUCCGCACCAUGUGGCGAAGUCACCACCGCUGUGCCAGGGGUGCGGACCCGAACAAGGGCCAGCAGAGGCCGUGUUGGAUCGUGGACUGCAGGCAACGAUGAUUCCCCAAAUGCCACAGACGAUGCCGCAGACGAAAUAAUGGAUCGGAUUGUCAAGUCAGCUACUCAGGUGCCAAAUCAGCGAGCUGUGCCUAGAGAGAGGAAAAGAUCACGUGCAAACAGGAAGUCAUUAAGAAGAACAUUAAAGAGUGGCCUGACGCCAGAAGAGGCCAAAGCAUUGGGUUUACUCUCCACCUCAGAGAUGCAGGUGUGAGGUGACUUGAGCAUGAACUGAGGCAGGAGACACCGCGAACGUUCGGACAAGGCACAGCUAGAAACAUCAACUGGCAACCAACUGCUGCUCUUGACAUCCAGCAAUCCCCCAGCUCUGGUCAUCAUACGACGCCUAUGAGAAGCAAGAGCUAGAAAGAGAUGUCGUGUAUUGGCACUAAAGUUCUGACAGCUUUCUUAAAAUUUAAAAUCAGGAUUGUUCAGAAGUAUUUAUACCUUGGUAAAAGUAUUCUUUUUUUUGUUUUCGUAUCUAAUUGAAGUGAUUAGAAAGAUUUAUUGAGUAAGCUGUUGUACGUGAUAUGUUUACGUUGGCUUUACUUGUGGCCUACUUAUGUAGCAGGAACAUUCACCGUAUCAGUGAGAAUACCGGGUCUUAAAGAGACAGUGUGCUGAUGUUGACAGGCCAACGACCCCACUGUCUGUUAAAACUUUCUUAUGGCAGUUGUGUAACUUUCUUCCAAAAUGAAUCUAAGAUGCUUUGAACAUCAGUCCUUCAAUUCUGUGUUGUUUUAUUUUUGUAAGCCUCUUUAGUGAUGGCAAAGGAUUCCGCCCCCGCACCCCCAAUCCUGCCACCAGAAUACUACUGCCACUGAUGCACAUUCAAUAUUUUAAAAUGUUCAUUUUAAGUAUUAUGAAAUACUGGUAGAGAAGGGCCUAAAAGAGGUAACCGAUAUUCCCUUAUUCACUCAGUGUAACUAAUAAUGGCUAAAAGUGGUGGGACUGUAUAGCACGAGAUUAAAUUGACCUCUCUAUUAAUAGCUUUGCAUUUUUUCUUGAAGUCAUGUUGCAGUAAAAUUUUCUUGACUUGCUUUGUUCAGAGAAGGUCAGACAGUAGUUUUUUGUUGAGUAUGUGUAUGAGUGAUUCUAUACUGGCUGAAGAGCAGAAGUUUGACCUUAGCUUAUGUGCCUAUUAGAUGAAGAUUGGCCUUGAUUGUUCAUUAUUGAAUAGAAUGUUUGAAGGCCUUUCAGAAUGCAUUUAAGACAUUGCUGCAUGUAGCAUCUGGAACAGUUCUUCCCCAGACCCUGUGCUGACCAUAGUUUCCGGUUUGCAGUUAAUGGAGUAAUCCAGAAUUUGGACUCAGUGUGUAACCCCACCAUUCAUUCGCCGCUGGAUGCUCACAAAUCUCAGUGACAUGAAGCGGUGUGAAUUUUGUCAGAAGCAGAAAGUAUAAUGCACUGGCCUUGCAAUAAACUAAACUUGGCAUUGUCACGUACUUUAGUAAUAAUGUAUAUGUGCGUUACAUCCAGGAGUGGGAAUCAAAAUGACAGACAUUUUGAAUUCUGAAAUUCAGUAAGCAAUCCUUAAUGGUAUAGUACUGGUCAUUUUUCUUCCCACUACCCAGUUAAUAGGGGGACUAGGUUCCUGAAAUUGAAAAAUGGUGUGUUUUGAGCUAUGGGGUGGGUCCUUCUGGAGGAUUGAAGUCCUUGAGAUGAGGCAAGUAUGGUUAGGGCUGGCUGAGUGAGGAGCGAGUCAAAAAUCUAUUUCUGUAAAUUCACUUCAAGCUUGUAAGGUGAUUUAUUGACCGUUAACCAAAGCAAUGCUACUGUACUUCACCAGAGUAUAGAAUAUGUUGAAAUGUUAUUAUGAAAGCAGAAGUGGUUGUAUGCGUGAAAUAGACCACAAGAAUGUCUUUUGAAUGUGACAAGUGAGGAUAUUCUCAAUCAUUCGGGGACAUUAUCAGUCAAGUUUGAAAUCCAAAGUCAAAAUGUUUUGUGUUGUGGUUGACCAUGUUUUGAAGAUGCUUUUAAUUAUUUUAAGGGUGUUCUAUCCAUUUCAAUUCAGUGCACCAGUAAUUUCUAUAUACUUGGGCUCAAUCUUGCUUAGUUAUGAGCUUAUAAUUAAAUGGGCUGAAUUUAAUUAGUUGGGUUACAUAUCAGCCGGAUCCAUUUAAUCCGGGAGAGAUCCCACAGAAGUCUCUCGGCAACAUUAAAAUGCAUGUAAUUCAGUGGAGGCUGCGUAGCUUUUCCUGAAGGCAACCUGGAUAACCCUGUCAUUCUGGUUAACAGGCAUUCUGUGUUUGAUCAAGGGACCUGUCUUCAAGAAGGUUGAUGGCAAUGAAAGUUGCCAAACCUUCCCGACAGCCCCAAAUUGCAUCCUGCCCUCCCUCACCUCUGGCCUGGGCUCCAUUAGCAACCUGGGGCUCCAGUGAACACAUUUGUCGCCAGCUGACUGUCGUGAGGGGAGCUUCUGGCUCCUGGAAGGCAGAACAUCUGUCAUCAGCAUACUUAAUCCCAAGACAGACUCCAUGUUAGCCAUUUAUAUGUCUGAAGGGCACUUAGUUGUGUUGAUCCUUUUGCAGGGGUUCCCCACUGAUUCUGCAACUGUUGCUAUGAUCCUUAUUGGGCUAAUUAAAGCCCACCCCAAUGUCCCCAUAACUAGGGAGGCAACAAUCAUCAUAAAAUAUUUAUAAAAAGACGCAUGUUAUAAUUUGCUGAGGUUGAGUUGCUGUGAAAAGGCUUGGGAGGUGGGGUAGAUAAAGAGCUUUUUUUAAUUGAUGGAAAGAAUAUAUAAAGUACACUUAAUAUCAGAAAGUAUAUCAAGCUCCUGUAUAAUCAGUGGCAAGUAACAUUGUAAAGGAAUUCAGACAAGAUUCAAUGCAGUUAAAGGUCACCUGAGCCCCAUAAUUGUGUUGCUGCUUUUUUACUGUCCUGUCUCUAUGUACCAUUUAUUGUUUAAACUUGAAAAAAUUCUGAAUUAUUUAACUAAUGUGUUUUGUAGAACCCAGGAAUGAAUUAAUCAGCCCUUGGACCAAGGUGGCAGAUCCAAAAGAUUUUUUAUUUUAUUUUUUUACACGUGCAUUGUUUCUGGCUAUGUUAUUGUCUUAACAACACAUCAAUGAAUCCCACUUCUCAGUAUCUGUCCAGAAUUGGACAUUUUUAAAUCUCCAUGUGUUUUCAUGGUGUUAGAUGCUGAUUAAGUCACUUGUUUUAGAAGCCUGGGUUCAAUCUUACUGAAGAGGAAAGGGUAUUACUGGUACUGACUAAAUCCAGCAUCACUCUGAAUUAUUUUAACUCUUAAUUUAUUACUCUUAAUCUAACUUUAAGAACAGAAGAAACCUUUUGUAGAUUUAUAGGUUUCAGGAGCAUUAGAAUAAUCUGCAGUUAUGUGGCAAGGCCAAAAAUCUGAACAUGUGCAUGAUUCUAAACACAGACCACUUCCAAGAUAUAAGGAAAUCAAAAUUAGUGAAUCGCUACUUGGAUUUGGACUUAGUGAGGGAAGGUCCAGAUGUGAAAGUGUUCCUUUCCUUUUUUUAAAAAAUGUUUUGUUUGUUUUGAUAUCAUGACAAAUUCCUGACUCAACACUCACUAGAUUUCCAUGCCUCUUUCCAUCCAGAGUUGCUCAGUGAUUAUUGAUUAUGAAGUGUUAAAGGUUGUACUCAUUUCCUGGAGUGUCUCAUUAUCAUUGUAGCGCAGUUGUGAUGUCCAUGGUGGGUUUGUAAUCAGAUGUUGGAUGCUGUUUCAUAUUCUGGUGUUCACACAAUUCAGAUUUUGGUCAGUUGUCCGCUAACUCCCAGAGUGAUACAAACCUUCCAACAUUGAAACUAAUAAUUGACUUCAGGCAGUCCCACCUGCUAACUGAUGGCACUAGUGGCGCUCUAGAGAAAAAGGGUUUGAAAAUGAUAUGUUGCCUUGAAGCCAGAAUGUAGAUAUUAUUUUAAAAUGUGUAAAAGACCAAUUAGUAUAUAUACAUGAGCUCUGAAAUAGUGGGCUAAUUUAAACAGCGCAGUCUGCUUUAGAUGAAGCAGCUUAAAGUUUGAUUGCAAUUGCUGACCAAAAAGAUCUCAAGUUGGAAUCCAAUUUUAGAAUAUUUUAAAUUAACAUGUGAAUGAAGAAUGGGAUCAGCCAUGUUUUAAUCUGUAGGAAGCAAUACUUAAGUCUUGAAGUAUGGUCUAUUGCUUUUCUUUUAACACUGAUGACACAAAACUUGAACUUUAGUUCUGCGAAUCUCAUCACCUAGCAUUGUGUCUCAUUUAUUGCAAUGUUUUAAGUCUGGCCAUUAACUUUUGAUCCAAAGUAUAGUGUUUUUGACAUGAAAGUAGUAAAACUGGUCAACAAUGAGCUAAAACAGAAGUUGACGAACCGAAGUCAAUAACACUUAACAAUUAUGCGUUUAAGUGUUAUUUAUAAUUACCUCUUUGAAAGGAUUACUAUUAUGAAAACAGUUUGUUCUAGUGUAGUGCAGGAUCACCAGCUGCAGCAUGUUAUGGAGGAUAUACUUUAGAAGUAUAAAGCAGUUACACGAGGAACUACAAAUUUAAAGCCAACAAAAAGCAUUGUGCACUUUAAUAGUUCAACAUCUGUCUCUUCAUUAUUCAUUGAAUAUGUUUCUUAAUUUGCUCCUUUAUUUCGUAUGAUCAUGCAAUUGUACAGCAUAGUGAUUUAACAAAAUAGAAUUGUAGACUGAUUGCAGCACAGCCUGAGGUCCCUCAGUCCAUCGUGACUAUAACUGAUGGUUGUAAAUGCAUCUCUGCUCUUCCCAAUCCUUAACAUUUUAUCAUAGUCCUGAAAUCAAUUUUCUUCACAAAACUAAGUUCCCUUUCAAAGCCAUAUUUGAAAAUACCUCCACCACCAACACUGGCAGUUCAUUCCAAUGCUAACAACUGGUUGUAUUUUUUUUACAAUGUUGCCUUUGGAUCUUUUGCAAUUCACUUUGAAUUGUCACUCUUUGAUUCUCAACUCUUUCGCCAAUGGAAAUAGAUUCUCCUUAUCUUCUCUAUCCAGGCCUCUCUUGGUUUUGGCAACCUCAAUCCUUAUAAUGCCAGCUUUUUCAAUCUAUCCAUGUAACCCAAGUCUCUCAUUCCUGGAACAAUUUUCAGCAUCCUCUCCAAAGCUUUUGUGUCAUCCCUUAAGUAUAAUGUCCAGAUUGGUGCAAUAUUCUACCCUAGUCCAAUCCAGUGUAACAUAAGGCUCAGUAUAACUUGUUUUUUUUCAAAUCUACCAACUUCACACCCUUACAGACCAACUAAUCUCAGGGCACUCAAUCAUAGAUUUGUUCUACAGGCUUUCCCACCUAAGAAACACCAGGCUUCUCAGUCAGGAAGCUGCAGGUAAUAAACCUGCAGAGGAAAUAUGAAGACAGCAGGGCAUUAAGGAGUUUGGUUUCCUCAGCUCAAAAGCAGCCAUCCUACCAUUCCAGAUACUCUCCACCAUCACGGCUGCUCCCUCCCUUUCUCUCAUAUCCAACAUAUGGAAUUAGAAUUACUUAACCACAGGAAAGUUGUCUGUUCUAACUGAAUACUCCAAACUCUUUCCUUUCAGUAACCGUAGGGGUUAUUCCACAAGUCUAUUGUCGUAACAUCCCAAGUGUUAUAUCUAAUUUCCUUUAUAUCUCAGUUGAACAUUGUAAGGUGAAAAUUAAAGUUUGCUCCUGGUCUGAGAGACAGGUUGCCAGCAUUUAGGUAAGUCUACAUUGCAGAAAUACAAACGAUAUUACUUUUUAGUUUUUGUUUUGGAGAGGUUGAUGUAUUCUGGGAAAAGCAUGUUCUUUUUUUUUAACCAGUUUUGUAUUUUUGAUUUAAAAAGAAGAUGCUUUUGGCUACUGUGACUUCACAGACACUUUCCCUGCUUGUUUUGAUCUUUGGCUUCUGGUCUUAGUAAUCUUUCAUUUAAAACUGCCAAUUUAUACCAGUGCUCAAUAAUGCCACUUUCAGAUUAAUCAGCAUUGCAAUAUGUUCAUUUUGGUGUUGGUAAAACCCUUGUGUUUGAAUUAGGAAAGCCAACUUUAGUUUUCUCAAAGUCAGCUUUACAUGUGAUUUCUGAAUAUAACCCUAAUUGGUGAUCACUUCUCUCUCAUCUGGUUACAGCUCUAAUACGGGGUAAGCCUAAUCACUUUCCUUCAAUAGUUUGAGAUUUUAUUUUUGCCUUGGCCUGCAGCAUAGCACCUGUCUCUUAAACUUACCUGGAUUGCAUAAGGUGGCUACAUUACACUGGCAACAUGAAUGUUGGAUUCUGUAAAGGUUACAAACUAUGUAAUGAAGCUUCCUGGAGUAUUUGGAUAAAACUGACUCUUACUUGCUUUUUGUGUUUUUUUUAGAAAAGGAAAGCAAAUGCAUUCUUUCAAAAAGAAACUAUCCAUUUGCAAUCCUUUGCAACCUGAAGCCAGGCUUCCUCAUAAACUCUGCACUUUUACUGAUGACAGUAGAGCUGAAUAUCAGACCUUAUAGUUUACCAGCCCUUGCAAAGGGCUGCCAGGACAAGAUUCACAGCCUUUUGGUUCUCUGGUAUGAAUAUACGCAAAGCUUUAACACUGUAGCGAGGCCACACAAAUAGUCAUCUCCACUUUCUAAUUAAAGGAUAAAAACAAAAGUUCAUCAAUUCUCAUUUAAUUUGAAACAGUCUUCACAAUAAUUAACACCUUUUGUUUUGAGAACUGGGAAUUGUAAAGAGAAUAAACAGUUUUUUUUAAAGGACUUGUAAAGUAGAAAGGGCAAGUUUCUAAGAACAAUAAGAAUAAAAGAAGGGCAAUGCUGUACAGUUGUGUAAAUGUCGCUAUUCAUAUUUUUUUUUGUGUGUAGCAUAGUGUAAAAUAAAUCAGACAUGCUGAAUGCAGUGUUAAUCUGUGAAUUGUAAUUUAAAAAGCCAUGCAUGGUCAAUUAUUUACUUCACAAAUUGCUCAUUAUAGAUAAGGGAGUUUGUUAUCUGUUACUUUUGUGUGUCUGAAACUACAUUUGUUGUGUCAAUUUUAUUUUAAGGACAUGAAACUACUGUUAUUAAACCAUUCACUCCACAGCCAACAUAUAUACAGCCUUAGGAAGCCUUGUUGCUGCAUUCACUAAUACUAGUGGGAAGGAAAGUCUGUCUACUUUAUCCAUCUUUCUGUCCAUUUGCCCUACUCCCUGCUCAACUAGUACUGCAAUGUUCUCUGACUUCCUUCCAGUGCCAUUCAAAGUAAACCUGUGAAACUAGCUGCAAAACCCUGCAUUUUAACUUUCAUCACAACCCUCACAGUUCAAUAGCUUGCAGCAACAGUAAAGUGUACAAACAUAUGGAAAUAAAGCUUUAUUAAGCAUA